AUGUUGGAAACUCAAGGAUUCGUGCUCGUGGCGCAUCGUGGAAACAGUGCAUGUGCCCCGGAGAACACACUUGCGUCUUUCGAUUCCGCCCUUGAUGCCGGGUUCCCCCAUUUCGAGACGGACUGCCAGCUGACCGCGGACGGCAUCGUUGUCAUACUUCAUGACGAGCAGCUAGGCCGUACGACGCCAGGGGCUCGGGGUGCAGUGGCCGAGGCCGCCUGGGGGGAGCUGCACCAGCUGGAUGCAGGCAGCUGGUUCGGUCCGGCGUUCGCCCGGGCGCGGAUACCCCUGCUGUCGGAGGUCCUUCAGCGCUACCGCGGCCGCGCACAUGUACACCUCGAGCUCAAGAGCACACAACCCGAACUGCCGGCUGCAGUAGCCAGGGAAGUCUCUCUUGCGGGCUGGUGGGUGCCGGGGGCAGCGCCACUACUACCUGACUUGCCGGCGGCAGAGGCAGCGGCGGCAGCGGCACCGGCACCGGCACCGGCACUACAGCCGCCGCUACCGCCGGCGGGCUUCACGGCGCCGGCACUGAUACUCCAGCAGCAGCUGCAUGAGCGAGACUUUGGUGUUCCCGGGUUGACCAUCACAUCGUUUCAUUUGGGUCAACUUCGUCGCUCGUUGCAGAUGUUACCGGAAGUGGUGCACGGCUGGCUGGUGCAUGAACUGACCGAUGAAGUAAUUCAG